AUCGUUUACAGUUUCUUCAGUGCAGCCAAAGUGAAACACGCGGAAAGCUGCGGAGUGCACGGGGUAGAAGGUAGUUUAAAAACAGAUUUGGCGUUUUCGGUAAAUAUUCCCGUGUUUUCAGUGAAAAUGUCUUCAGUUCAGCCUCAGAGAGAGUUUAUCAACGAGCAGGUAACUCCUGCUGAAGAAACAUUCACAGAGUUGAAAGAAAUCAACGUUAAGAUCGAGGAAGAGAUGGAGGAUCAGCGCAGACUGAUGGAUUUUACUCGGAUACCGAAGAUCAUCUUACACCGAAUAGAUCUCCCACAAUGUUGUGUGUUUAAAGAGGAGGAGGUUCUCAAUGAAACAGAACCACAGAGGAACCAACUCAUCUCUCAUGACUCUCCAGAAACUGAGAACCAGGAUCAGGAAGGAAGCAAUUCUGAAGACCCAGGAAAAAAGAGAAAGGAAGAAGAGAAACAAAAGAAGAAAUAUGUGAAAACCAAAGAGCAGAAUGGAAGAACUGACACUGAAAAACAAAAAAAACACAAGAAAGCUCAUGCAAAGCAAAAAUUAUAUUCUUGUAAAAUUUGUGAUAAAACUUUGUCUCGAAACAAUCACAUCACGAGACACAUGAGCAUUCACACAGGUGAGAAGCCUUUUUCUUGUGGGACCUGUGGAAAGAGUUACAGUAAAAGACAGACUUUAUUUCGGCACAUGAGAAUUCACACAGGUGAGAAACCUUUCUCUUGUGGGACCUGUGGAAAGAGCUUCUUCCAUAAAGGCAGUUUAAAUGUACACAUGAGAAUUCACACAGGUGAGAAGCCUUUCUCUUGUGGGACCUGUGGAAAGAGCUUCUUCCGUAAAGACAUUUUAAAUGUACACAUGAAAAUUCACACAGGUGAGAAGCCUUUCUCUUGUGGGACCUGUGGAAAAAGUUUCACCCAAAAAGGCAGUUUAAUUGUACACAUGAGAAUUCACACAGGUGAGAAGCCUUUCUGUUGUGGGACCUGUGGAAAAAGUUACAGUGAUAGAGGGACUUUAACUGAGCACAUGAGAAUUCACACAGGUGAGAAGCCUUUCUCUUGUGGGAACUGUGGAAAAUGUUUCCAUAAUAGCAGUAAUUUAACUCAGCACAUGAGAAUUCACACAGCUGAGAAGCCUUUCUCUUGUGGGACCUGUGGAAAAAGUUUCAUCCAAAAAGGCAGUUUAAUUGUACACAUGAGAAUUCACACAGGUGAGAAGCCUUUUUCUUGUGGGACCUGUGGAAAGAGUUACAGUGAAAGACGGACUUUAUCUCGGCACAUGAGAAUUCACACAGCUGAGAAGCCUUUCUCUUGUGGGACCUGUGGAAAAUGUUUCAAUAAUAGAAGUAUUUUAACUCACCACAUGAGCAUUCACUCAGACUAGAAGCUUUAGGAACGAAACAUAUUCGAUUCAUUUUUUUGCAUCCGAUACAAAAGAAAAUUUGUUUAAACAGCAAGUAGAAAAUGUUAAAGUCAACAGAUUCUUGCAGGCUGCUAGUGAUUCACUGUGACUGUGUCUUUCACUGUCUGACCAAGAUAAACCUGAGGUCUACUUUUACCUACCAGCUUGUUUUUCAUAAUCCAGUUUGUUGUUUUAAUUCUCAGUCGUAUUUGUACUUAAUAUUCUCAUCAGUAUUCCGUUAGACACUGAAGUGAAAGAGAGGAACACAUUCAGACAGGAUUCAUUUCUGUGCAUUUCAGUUUUCAUGGAGUUCUGUACCAUGUGGAAUAAUUGAGUUUAUCUUUUACAUUUUUGACGUUACUCUGUAUGACUGGAUGUAAAAUACUUUAGAAAUGGAAGCAGUGAAAUGUUCUUGUUUUUCCAUAAAUAAAACUCUGUGAUGUUUGAAAAAAUCUCAAAAAUAAUUUUGAUCUGGUCAGAUUUUGAUUUAGAGCUAACCACAGAGAGGUUUUUAUUUUCCUAAAUUUGUGUCAUUGUUAUACCUUGAUAUGAGAAGCAAUGUAUAUUAUUCAAAAGGUAUGUUUAAAUCUUCACUAGUAUUUUGAGCAGAAUAUGCUUUUCAAUAAAUGUUGAUUUGAAUAAAUAUUGAUGGAUUAUUCAGUGAUUGUCAUCGUCAUUAACUGUUGCCAUAUUUUUAAAUGUCAGCUUUAAGUAAAGCAUCU